UCGGCCUGUCGCUGUUCGGCCUCGUGCUGUACCUGGUGCCGGCGGCGGCGGCGCUGGCCUGGCUGGCCGUGGGGGCCACCGCGGCCUGGUGGGGACUGAGCCGCGAGCCCCGCGGUUCGCGCGCCCUCUCCUCGCUCGUUCGGAACGCGCGGCGCCAGCGAACCUUGCACGCCUCGCCUCCAGCCAAGUCGGCGGUGAACGGAAAUCUCCUAGAGCCGCGGACCCUCCUCGAAGGACCCGAUCCCGCCGAACUGCUCCUCAUGGGCAGUUACCUGGGCAAGCCCGGCCCCCCGCAGCCUGCCCCCGCCCCGGAGGCCAGGGACCUGCUGGAGAGGCCUGGCCGCCGCCGCACUCCCGCCCGCGCCGCGCCGCUCGCGCACUCGGCCCAUCGUGUGCAUCACAUUCACCCCUCUCUCCCCACUCCUCUUCUUCGAUCCUCUAGGAGGCCUUCCCACCGGGAUUGUGGGACUUUAUCAAAUCGCUUUAUGAUAACACCUCGAAGACGCUAUCCAAUCCAACAGGCCCAGUAUUCCCUUCUGGGCGCUCUUCCUACAGUGUGCUGGAAUGGUUAUCACAAGAAGACUGUGCUGUCUGCUCGUAAUUCCAAAAUGGUGUGCAGCCCAGUGACAGUGAGGAUUGCUCCUCCGGAUAGUAAAUGGACUCGUUCACCAUUACCAGAGCAGACAAUCAACUCAACACUGUCCUCACCAUCAAGUAAUGCCCCAGACCCAUGUGCGAAGGAGACCGUACUGAGUGCCCUCAAGGAGAGGAAGAAAAGGACCGUGGAGGAGGAAGACCAAAUAUUUUCUGAUAGCCAGGAAAAUAAAAGAAGGCGCCACGAUAGCAGUGGGAGUGGACAUUCAGCAUUUGAGCCCCUGGUGGCCAAUGGAGUCCCUGCUUCUUUUGUGCCUAAACCUGGCUCUCUGAAAAGAGGUCUUAAUUCCCAGAGCUCCGAUGACCACUUGAAUAAGAGAUCUCGCACCUCUUCUGUGAGCUCCUUGACGAGCACGUACACAGGUGGCAUCCCUAGCUCCAGCCGCAAUGCCAUUACCAGUUCUUACAGUUCGACUCGAGGUUUCUCUCAGCUUUGGAAGAGAACUGGGCCCAGCUCGUCUCCGUUAUCUAGCCCCGCCUCGUCCCGCUCCCAGACACCAGAGAGGCCAGCAAAGAAAAUAAGAGAAGACGAGCUUUCUCAUCGCUCCAGUUCUUCAACUCCGUUGGCAGCAGACAAGGAGGCCCAGGGAGAAAGAGCUGCAGAUUCGACCACGUGGAAAGCACAGAACUCGUGGAGCUCCCCGCCCACGCCUGGCAGCUCAGGGCAGCGCAGGCGGAAGGUUCAGCUGCUGCCCCUGCGGCGAGGGGCCCGGCUGGCGCUGCCCCCUCCUCCCCAGCUUGGCUACUCCAUCACCGCCGAAGACCUCGAUCUGGAAAAGAGAGCUUCGCUGCGGUGGUUUAACAAGGCCUUGGCGGAAGGGACCGAUGCUGCCUCGAACUGUGACACCGAGAAGCCCCCUACCACUCAGCCUUCUCUGACGUUUACCCUGCCCGCUGCUGGGACCGCCGCCGCCCCAGCCUCCACCCCAGCCCCAGCCCCAAGCACCAACCCACUGCUGGAGAGCUUGAAGAAGAUGCAGAGUUCCGCCAGCCUGCCGUCUUCCCCGGAGUCCACGGCAGCGGCGGCCACUGCGGCCCCUUCGCCUCCGAAGACACCCGGCCUUCUGGCCCCUCUUGGCUCUCCACAGUUAGGGCCCCUUCCAGGCACCACCUCAGAGGCCAAAUCUGCAGCCAGUUUCUUGGGGCUGACACCUGCUGCGUCCCAGAUACCAGCCACCAACACCACCGUGUCCCCUCUGGCUCCUCAGGCUGAGACGGCCGCCACGUCCCCAGCCCCGGCUGCCCCGUCCCCCACCCCCAAGCCGAGUCUUCUGCUGGGAAUGCUGAGCGCCGCGCCCGCUGACCCCCCCGUGUCGACAGCCCCCAGCGUGUCCUCAGCAUCUCCCAUGUUCAAGCCCAUCUUUGUGGUCCCGCCAAAAAGCGAGAACGAGGACCCCUUGCUGUCCAGCCCCUCCAAGGUCGCCACCACGGCACCUUCCGGCUCUGCCCUCCCUGCCCCUGCCAGCAGCCCUCAGCCCAUGUUCAAGCCUAUCUUUGGCAGCAUGGGGUCCCCUACGUCUGCGCCCUUGUCCGCUCCCUUCUCCUUCAGUCAGACCGCUGCCCCGGCCACUGCCGGGAACGUUCCUCUCUUUGCCGGCCAGGCCGGUGCCACCUCAGCCGCGGCUCCCGCGAGCACAGCCAGCACGUCGGCCGACUCCGCUUCGAAGCCCGUGUUCAGCUUCGGCGUGAGCAGCGUGACCAGCACCACCACCUCCGCUGCCCCCCCUUUCCUCUUUGGGGCCCCCCCCGCCUCCGGGGCCAGCUUUACCCCCGCCACGGGCUCCAUCUUCCAGUUCGGCAAGCCGCCCACCACGCCCGUGUCCGCGGCCGUCACCACGUUCGGCCAGUCCCUGCCUGGAGCCGUGCGGACCGCUGCCACCGGCGGCGGCGCCUCCUGCCUCAGCGGCUUUGGCGGCGGCCUCAGCACGCCCGCCCCCGCCACCAGCAGCCCGCCGGCGCCGACCUUCACCACCGCUGCCGCCGCGGCCCCGGCCUUCCACAUUCCCUUCGGCUCGAGCACCAAGCCCGCGCUGCCUGCGUACCCGGGCGCCAACCCCCAGCCCGCGUUCGGGGCCGCCGACGGGCAGCCGCAGGGGGCCGCCAAGCCCGCCCUCGGCCCCAGCUUCGGCAGCUCUUUCACUUUCGGGAACUCCGCAGCCGCGACCCCGGCCGCAACCCCGGCGCCCGGCCCGGCCCAGCCUGCCUUCGGCAGCGCCGCACCGUCCAGUUUCGGCAGCUUGAAGCCCGCCGCCUCCGCCUUUGGCACCCUUGCCGGCACCCAGCCUGCCUUCGGCGGCGGCGCGCCUGUGUUCUCCUUCGGGGCGGCCACCACCUCUGGCUUUGGGGCCGCGACCCAGACCACCAGCAGCGGGACCGGUAGUUCCGUGUUUGGCGGCGCGACGCUGUCGCCCUUCACGUUUGGAGGAUCUGCCGGCCCGGCCGGCAGCGGGGGCUUUGGGAUCCACGUGGCCACCCCCGGCACCUCCGGAGCGUUCAGCUUUGGCACGGGACAGAGCGGGACCACCAGCGGCACGACCCCUUUCGGAGGAGGCUUGAGUCAGAGCACGUUGGGCGGACCCAGUCAGAGCACACCCUUUGCCUUCAAUGUGGGCAGCACCCCUGAGAGCAAACCUGUGUUCGGAGGCACCUCUACACCCACCUUUGGUCAGAACACCCCUGCCUCUGGGGUGGGCACGUCGGGCAGUGGUCUCUCCUUUGGGGCAUCCUCAACACCCAGCCAAGGCUUUGUUGGCGUCGUACCUUUCGGCUCGGCGGCCCCUUCCUUUUCCAUUGGUGCAGGAUCCAAGACCCCCGGGGCGCGGCAGCGGCUGCAGGCCCGCAGGCAGCACACCCGCAAGAAGUAG